UCCUCUCUCUAUUUCGCCUAUCCAAUAAGAGUAACCACGGAGGAGGAGGAGAGAGAGAGAGAGAGAGAGAAGAGGGAGGAAGGAAGGAAGGAAGGAAGGAGUCCACCUCCUCAGCAAUUCCAUCUCCUCCUCCAUCUCCAUUUCCGUCUCAAUCUCCUCCUUUGGAUGGACCAACCUCCUCCACAAGCCUCUCCGCCGCACCACCGCCUAUUCUUCCUUCCUUCACCUACACACCUCUUCAAAGGCCACAGCACAGCCUACACCAUCUCCUGUCUCCUCCUCCUCUUCUCCUUUCUCCUCCUCCCCCACUUCCUCACCCCGCUCCAACCGUUCCUCCUCCUACGCAUCCCGCGCAGCCACGAUUCCCACCCCGACACGGCCUGCGAUUACACCUUCGGGAGGUGGGUGUGGGACGAGGCACGCCCCCUCGACGCCUACACCGAGGACUGCCCCUUCCUCGACCCAGGGUUUCAGUGCCGUCGCAAUGGCCGUAAUGAUUCCAGCUACCUCUAUUGGAGAUGGCAACCCCAUGGCUGCGACCUUCCCAGAUUCAACGCAUCUGAGAUGCUGGAGAGGAGCAGGAACGGCAAGAUCAUAUUUGCAGGGGAUUCCAUCGGCAGAAACCAGUGGGAGUCCUUCCUGUGCAUGCUGGCCAAAGCUGUGCAGAACAAGUCCAGCAUCUACGAGAAGUACGGGAACCCCAUCACCAAGCACAAAGGCUUCCUCUCCAUGGUCUUCCACGACCACAACCUAACGGUGGAGUACUACCGAGCCCCCUUCCUGGCAGCCGUCGGCCGCCCUCCCCGGGCCUCCCCUGACCACGUCCGCGCCGCCAUCCAUCUCGACGCCCUGCACUGGCAGUGCAAGCACUGGGUCGACGCCGACGUGCUGAUCCUCAACGCCGGCCACUGGUGGAACGACAAGAAGACCAUCGACGUGGGAUUAUAUUUUCAGGUCGGGGAAGAGAUACAGACCACCAUGGACGUGAAGGAAGCAUUUCGGCGAACGCUCGAGACGGUCAAGCUGUGGACCUUCAACAACCUCCAUUUGCGGAAGAGCCAUGUCUUCUUCCGGAAUCACUCCCCCAUACAUUUCAGCAACGGCACCUGGGACAACGGCGGAUCCUGCACGGCCUUCACGGAGCCUGAGAAGGAUCCCGCUGCGCUCGGACCAGAACCGUGGAACAACCGAGUCAUCGCUGACACAGUGGAGGGGAUGAAGAGUGGCGGGCGGAAGGUGCAGCUUCUCAACAUCACGUAUCUGACGGAGUUCAGGAAGGACGCUCACCCUUCGGCCCACCGGGAGCCAGGAACGCCGACGGAUGCUCCUGAAGACUGCAGCCAUUGGUGUCUUCCCGGAGUGCCCGAUACAUGGAAUCAGCUCCUCUACGCCUACCUUCUGAUGAUGGAAUAUGAUACCAGGAAGAAGAACGUUUGAUUCUUGGAUUCAUGUGCUGAGAGACUUUUGGCAUCUUGUAAUUUAAUUAGGAAAAUGUGAUGGUU